AUGUCUGGGAGAGGAAAGGGUGGUGGCGGGAAAGCUCGGUCGAAGGCGAAGUCUCGGUCGUCCCGGGCUGGGCUGCAGUUCCCGGUGGGCCGUGUUCACAGGCUCCUGAGAAAGGGUAACUAUGCUGAGCGUGUGGGUGCCGGAGCGCCGGUCUAUCUGGCUGCGGUGCUCGAGUACCUGACGGCUGAAAUCCUCGAGCUGGCCGGUAACGCGGCCCGGGACAACAAGAAGACCCGCAUCAUCCCUAGGCACCUCCAGCUGGCCGUGCGCAACGACGAGGAGCUCAACAAGCUGCUGGGAGGUGUGACCAUCGCUCAGGGCGGGGUGCUGCCUAAUAUUCAGGCCGUGCUGCUGCCCAAGAAAACCGCCGCUGCGGGCGCCACUAAAAAGUGAAGAGACCGUUCUGUAGCCUGACAACCCAAAGGCUCUUUUAAGAGCCACCCACAACAUCAAUGAAAAGCAGUUAGACUGUCACUGCUGGUUGGUUAUUUUUCCUUUUCUGUCAAGUCUGGGGACUGUGUAAAUGAAAUUGCGAUAAUUAAACUUUCCUUUUUUAUUUUAGAUUUCUUAAAAAAUAUUUUUUUCUCAGAUUUUUAUAUUGGUUCAAUUUCUGGAAAAGCUUCACCAGUCUGGCAAAAUUUGUGCAAGUGAAAACAGUUCACGUUUAGGGUCCGCUCACCGUCACUGAGGGCCUUAUCUGGUCAAGAUAAAACAAGAACAGCUGUCGCCCUGGAAUAGUAAACGUGGAGUUUUAGCUGUAAGGGACUGCGGCAUUAAAUAAUCAAAAUGCUGUCCCCAUUGUUCCGUCAGGGAACAACACCGUUGAGUACCUGCACAGGAGAAAAAUGGCAAAUCGAUUCUGUACCGACCAAGGGGAUCAACCGACAAACACGAGCGGGGACCGGGCCAAAAGGGAGAUUGUGUGACCUAAACUUAUAAAUCCUUUGUAUGUUUUGGCGGGCUUUUCAAAUUUAAAAGCAAUAAUUGUUGAAGGCUGAUUGACAAACUCAUUUGCAGUUAACCGAUUUGAAAUAAUCCGCUGAUUUCACCCUGAGAAUGAAUAAAUAUUAAAACG